AUGUGGCAGGCUGAACUUAAACCUGGCGUCACGGGGCUAGAUCUUGCACGUAAAGCUGUUUUGAUAAUGUUAGAAGCGAAGACUGGUGGCUAUAGACAUGUAACUACACUCUAUCCUAUUGAACAACCAAAUAUGCCAAUUCUACAAACUGUUAAUAGUGGACUACCUCAAGGAAACGUUAAAGGAGAUGCUUUCGAUGCUCUUAUUGUCGCACUGGGUAUGAUCGAUUUGCAUUGUAGAAAACUAAAAUAUAAGAAAAAGAUUUACCUUUUGACUGAUGGCGAGUCACCGAUAAAUAGUUCAGAUCUUGAUGCAGUUUUACAUCAAAUAAAUGAUUCAAACAUUGAAUUAAAUAUAUUGGGUAUUGGCUUUGAUGAUCCAGAGGCUGGAUUUUUUGAAGAAAAUAAGUCAGAGGUGAAGCGAAAAAAUGAAUCCUUUUUUAACAAUAUCACAAAAAAAUGUCAACAAGCAACAAUUUUUUCAAUGGAAGAAACAUUAAAGCAACUUUCAAAACCGCAUAUCAGAACAGUAAGACCUGUUGCUGCCUUUAAAGGUGCAUUAACUCUUAAUGAUGCCAAAAUAUCCCCUAAAUCAUCUCUUACAAUAAAUGUUGAGAUGUAUUAUCGAACAACAAAAGUGCGACCCACUGCUGCGACAAAAUAUUCUGCUCUUGCUGAGGCCUCUACCAACAUCAAUCAAAAGGCUUUUGAUAUAAAUAUGUCUAGAACUUAUACUAUAUCGGUUUUAGAUAAUGAUAAGAAUGAGGCGGUUGAGGUUCCACGUGAGGAUUUGAAUAGGGCGUAUUCAUUAGGAAAGACGCUUAUUCCUGUUAAUGAAGCAGAUGAAGAAACCUUCACCAUGACCACGAGUAAAUCUAUGGAAAUUAUUGGAUUUAUCAAAAAUAAUGAGUUUAAACGCGAAUAUCUCAUGUCAACUGUUGCAGCAGUUGUUCCUCAAACCAAUAACCAAACAAUGGCUCAGCGUCUUUCGGCAUUGAUCCGUGCAUUAUAUGAAAAGGAGUCCUACGCUAUUGUUCGCUAUGUGCGAAAGAAUGACGAUGCACCAAAAUUAGGUGUGUUAAUGCCUUACGUUUGUGCCCCAAAAGAAUGUUUAUAUUUUUAUUGCCAUCACUUUACCUUUCCAUCAUUUGAUCGCGUUGUAAGUAAAAGUGGUAAAGAAUUGACGAAUCACAAUUAUUUACCAAAUAGUGAAAUGCUUGAAAAGAUGGAUCAUUUCAUUGACGGGAUGGAUCUUAUGAGUGCAAAAGAUGAAGAAGGUAAUGUGAGGGAAUAUCUCAAGGUUAAAGAAUGUUUCAAUCCGAUUAUUGUUCAAACAAAGAAGGCAAUAUGUCACAGAGCAUUACAUCCAGACGAGCCAUUACUUCAGCCUGACCAAGAAAUGAUUGCUCAAACACAACCUCUUCCGUCAUUGAUUCAAAAGAAUUUAUAUUUAGCAAACGAUAUGCGGACAUUGUUUAACAUUAAAAAAG